UGCACCUAUAUCAAGCAUGUAUAACAUUGCUAAUAUUUAGAAAAAUAUCUGUGAAAGAGAAGAAAAGAUUUAUGAAUUGGAGAUGAAUAUAUAUAGGUAGCUGACGGUGUUGUUAAGGGGUUAGGGAGAUAUGGGACAUCACUGUUGCAGCAAACAGAAAAUUAAGAGGGGGCUUUGGUCACCCGAAGAAGACGAUAAGCUUAUCAAGCACGUCACUACCUAUGGCCAUAGCUGUUGGAGUUCGGUUCCCAAACUAGCAGGGCUGCAAAGGUGCGGGAAGAGUUGCAGAUUACGGUGGAUAAAUUACUUGAGGCCGGAUCUCAAAAGGGGUUCUUUCACCGAGCAAGAGGAGAGAACAAUCAUUGAUGUGCAUAGAAUUUUAGGCAACAAAUGGGCUCAAAUAGCCAAACAUUUGCCUGGAAGGACUGAUAAUGAAGUGAAGAAUUUCUGGAAUUCUUGCAUUAAGAAAAAGCUUAUUGCUCAAGGUUUAGAUCCCAACACUCACAAUCUCCUCUCUUCUAACAAAACCAACAUACUCAAAAACAACAUCAAUGCAAGUAACUCUUUUCGACAAGAAACGCCGGCUUUUACUAUGGAUACUUCAUCAAAAACUGCAGCUUCUGAUCUUUCAACUUUACUGCCUUGUAUUAAUACUCCACGUUUUGAUCAUAAAAACACCAUCCAGUAUACUAGCUGUUCUGAUCAUUAUCAAAAUUCUAUGCUUGUUGGCACUCAGCAAAUAAUUAGUCAAAGUGAUCUUUCGGCGUUGGAGUUUACUAACUGUUCUUCAAUGGGAAGUAGCAAUGUCAUGUCCUCUUCUGGAUUUGGAACCCUAAAUGAGAGUUGCAUGUGGGAUGCUGGCGGCAUCGAAUUUCCAAUUGAACAACAAAAAGCAAUACAACAAGAAAUUGUAAUGGCGCCGCAGCUGCAGCUGCAGAAACCGAAUAUAAAUGAGAGUGAUCAUCUGCAGAAUUUGGCGGAGGAUACUUUCGACAGCGCUAGCUUCGAUUUUGAUUUUGAUUCUGCACUAUUGCCUUCUGGAGUUUAUUGUAAUGUCAGUUCCAUGGAUCAACUUGCCUGGGAUUAAAUGCAUGUAGGGCUCUAAAUUCAUUCCUUCUAUCUCAUACUAGCAAGCAUCGAAGUAUUUUAAUCCAUUUUGUUCAUAUAUACCUACGGUUAUACAUGACAAGAAUCAUACAUACUGAACUACGUGAUCUAAAAAACUUAAAUUUGCACCAAAA